UACCUUGCCUACCGUUUAAUUAUGGAGAAUGAAACGCUCGUUCGAACGAUCACGCCGUUACGUCAGUGGAAAACGUGAUUUCGCCUCGUCUUUGUCGACAGUUCUAAGGAUCUAUGAAUUCAACAAGGAAGUAGGAAGAAUCGGCUGUCUCUGAUUUUUUUUACUUCUCCAGAAGGACAGCUGUUUCAUGACAUGGGACAAAAAAUCCAUAUUCGUUGUCCCAUCUCGAUCCACCCACCGGUAGCGUCUACAUGAUAGGCGGGGUGGUGAUCGCUAUGGUUCUGGUGGGCGUCUUGAUCGUCCUGCUCGCCGUAACGAUCAGCAAGCUGCGGAAGCGCGAGGACCAUCAUUCGAGCGCGGGCGCGGUGCACCCGGAGGCGACGGUGGUGCAGACGACGACGACGUCGCUCGCGACGAUUGGGGCGCCGAUGACGACGACGCAUCCGGACGGCUGCUGCACGCAGAUGUCCACGACCACCAUGUCGACCGACUUCGACAACAGCGUUUGCGACGAGCAUGUAUUCGCCGCGACGACGGUGACGCCGUCCGCCAAUCCGGUCGAUCCGUUCGCGUGGCAAUUCCCGCCCCCGUACCCGCCCCCCCACAUGCCGCCGGCGCAGUACGCGUUGUACAACGAUCAGGUUGGUGCACACCUUGAUACCCUUGUACACGGUUUGCCGUCGGACCGGCCUGGGUUUGCGAAGGGCUUCCGCAAGAACCUCGGUGGACGCUGGCGUCGGUUGGUGAAGCGGAAAGCGGAGACGGAUACCUGUGCCAUUCCCCCCGAGUUGAAGGAUCAACUGAAGACUAUCUACGUCUAUUGACGGCCAGAAGCUGUCUCUCCUGAAAGCCUGAAAGCCCCGAAGAGAAACCUAUCGAUAAAGGAUCGAUACAAAAAACGCGAGGAGCAUUGGUGAAAGCAAGAAGAGGCUCUAGUCAAGAAAUCGAGGAAAACGUGAAAGAGAUUGUAGUGAAAAGAGGAAUUAGGCAAGACGUAAGGAAAGCUAACACAAAGAGACGAGUGAUAGAAAACGCAAAAAGACCUGACAGUGAUAUAUUAGGUGGAGAUGGAAAGAAGAAUUUGGAAAGCAUGUAAGGACACCGAAAUCUAAAGAGACGGAAAAGAAAGUUCGGGGAAGGAACGGCGCAGGUACGGGAACCGAGAUCCGGCCAAUAGUCGACAUAUCAGAAAGUGUGCCUGAAGAGGAAUGCAACGAAGUGCCUUCUUUUAUUCCACAAGCGCCUUCUCAUGAGACUGAUACCGCGAAGAUAUACCGCGAUAUGCAUGGGUGCGACAAAGCGAGUUACCUCGUAGCUUCUGCGUAUAUGUUUUUUUGCGCGAUUAAUUAAUAGUCGACAGAUCGCCGUACUUCGGGUAGUUAAUUAGUAUUAGCGCGUCGGCUGGACUUGCGGAAGGUACGCGAGAGCGGCGGGCGAUCGGACGAUCGUUUUCGGGCAAAAUUCGGGAUUCCUCGAAAAUUCGAUUCCUGCUUUUUAGUCAGUUCCAAUCGAACCUCGAAUUUGCAGCCUCGGCGAAUCGGUAGUCGCGAUCUCGAUGGGAAAUUUAACUAUAAAACUUAGAGUUAUUAUUUAUUAUGAGAGAAAAACAGCGUAUUAUACACACAUUUUUCCUAUUAAAGUGCAAACUAGUCGUAUGCCGAAUGGGAAGGCUUGCAGCUGCUUGUAGUGUCAUCGUGCGUCGUGGCUCUUCGCUCUUCGGCGAGGCAGCACAACGGAAUCGGCGACAGUCCGUAUUGUCCAGCUAUAAGUACAUAAAGCAUCGUUCGAAGCUAAAGUAGAUCAGAUAUAUAAUUUGAGAAGGUUCUCUUUGAAUACGAUUUCGUAUUUAAAGUGAACCUUCCGAACGGAACAAGCUUGAUCCACUUUGGCUUUAUACACAUUGUAUGCGCAUAUGAAUUUCUUCUCGGGCAGCUGACUCCCGGUUCAUCUUAAUACGAAUGAAGUCGAUCGCCCGCUAUCUCGCUCCCGUGAUUGGUUUCGAGGCCGCCGACGUUAAAGUGUGUAAAUAAGAUGUAACGAUCUCUCUGGACAAAGGUCCGUGGGACGUACGGUUUAAUCAACGAAUGAACUUUGGUGUUCCUAAAAAUCCUCAGGGGUCUGAAGGAGGGAUUCUAGGAUUUUUGAGAAUCUGCAGGGUCCUCCCGCCGUCAGAAACGGAAUGCGGCGCCUCGAAAGAAUAAGAUAGGCCAAUUUAAAAUUAUCGAACUACUACGACGGCUCAUAUUGAGUCCGCUUUAUUGUAACGCUGACGUGAUAUUUCAACUUGUGCGCUUGCGUUAACCCUUUUAACUGUUCUUCGAGGUGUUUAUUCGACGAAUCAAGUAUUGUGAAGUAUUACGACGUGCUACAAAAAGUCAUCGCAUUCUUAAAGGAAAUCUUGAAAGCUAUUUGCGUUACUAAAUUAUUUAACUCAAUAUUUACGUAUUUAAUCGCAUGGUAAUUUUUAAUAUUUUAAUACAGUAAUUUAAAAAUUAUUAAAUAUUUUUGAGAGUUAUUGGAAUAAAUUUUAGUAUUUUUUACUAGCAAACAAUGAGAAUUGUUCAUUUUAUCAAGUGAUUUCAUUUAAACAUUAUACUUGAUGGCUUAAUUUGCGGUUAAAGGGUUGAGCGGCGUAGCGACGCCAUGAAAGGAGCUUCUCGCGUCAGUGAUUAAUUAGUUUAAAGAAAUCGACGGAUGACAUUCGGUCAUUCGGUUGGAAAAGUGCUGUGGAUUUGGUUGAAGUUAGAGGACAUGUUUAAACAUGAAACUUUUAUUUUUACCGAAAAAAAACGUAAAAAAAUUGUGAUUAAAUCAUUUCCAAUAUUUCCAUUGCUCGAAAUUUUAUCAGAUUAUUGGAAAUGAUUCGUAAAUGAAUUGGAUGAAUUUAAAAAUUAUUUUUGCAACUUUAAUAGCAACGAUUUGUUGUUUUUUAAUAUUAUUUUACACAUAAUAGAUUAUUUUUAAUAUUUUUAUUAUUAGCGCAGAUAUUUAGCGAUUUCGCGCUAUGUAAAUCCCGCGUAAAUUGUGCAGUACUUCACGAAUGACCGAAAAUCCAGAGGAUCAUGAUCCUCGGUAUAGUAUUGUAGAAUGUAAAUAGGAUAACGGGUGACCCGUCGAUUUUUAGAGUUACUUUUAAGGGCGUAACCGGCAAUAUUUCUUGCAACGGAUUUAACGAGAUGUUUUAUUGACUCGCGACUUCAAUCCUUUGAAUAUCAUAUUCGGGAAAGAAAAGGAACAAAACAAUUUACAAUUUUUUAUACGACAAAAUACCCCAUUCUACAUGAUGUAUUAUUACGUAAGUGAUUUUAUGACAAUCCAAUGACCAAUUUGUCCAACGUUCCGAAACAAAAAAAAAAGAUAAAAUUUGACUUGUGCGGAGCUGGCGGAUAAUUGAGUUUAUUAGUUUAUCCGAAUGUAUAUUGUGGUUCAAGUAGAAAAUACACAACGCGUAUUCAAUUCAAAUUCCGAUGCUAUCAAUUGCCAAUGAUAUCAAUUGGAAUAAAAGCGAGUAUAUCAUGAGAUGACGUUAGCAUGAAAUUGUAUUACGUAAAAAAGUUCAAACUUAAAUAAGAUUUUAUUAUUUUUAUUGCAUUCGAAUGCGAAUUCAGGAGUGCCUUCGCGUAGAAGAGCAUCGCACGAGAUUAGUUGCAGCACCCUAUGCCUGCGAUAAUGUAAAAAGAAAAAAAAACGCAUUAACGGUCUCCGGCGCGCUUUACACUUAGCGAUCAAAUUUCUGUGUGGAAACAUACUUUCUUGUUUACACGACUAAUUGUAUGGUUCAAUUGCUUCGUGUAGAAUAAAGGAGGGUAACAAAAAAAAAAGAUCAAUUAUUCGCGUGUCACGAAGCUUGUCCUCGCAGAUAUAUCGAGCAUCGUAGACCCGAUUGUAACAGUGUAUAGCAAGCCGUUUCUGUUUCUCUAUCUCCGUCUUUUUGUAAAUAAUAGGAAGUAUCAGGACGGGAGGGGGUCGCGCUACCCCCCGUCACCUAGUCACUCGCUCGAUUAAUAAUUUCGUUGAAAUGGUGUAGCUGUAACGACGAGAACCGACCGACGCAGCUUUCUCUCCCCAACAAUAAAGACGUUAAAUAAAGAGGCAAAAGAGAUGUUACAAACGAA